AUGAAGGGUGGCGCCAAAGUGGUCGUCGAGAAGCAUCGCCACGAAGGAAUUUUCGUCGCCAGAGGGAAAGAAGACGCGUUGGUGACGAAGAACUUGGUCCCGGGCGAUUCCGUGUACGGCGAGAAACGAAUUUCCGUGGACGAAGCGGACGGAGGCAAAACCGAAUACAGAGUGUGGAACCCGUUUCGCUCGAAAGUCGCCGCGGGUAUUCUUGGCGGUUUGGAUAACGUGCACAUCAAACCAGGGACGAAAUUAUUGUAUUUAGGUGGUGCAUCCGGGACGACCGUUUCGCACUGUUCCGAUAUCGUCGGUCCGAACGGUUUGGUCUACGCGGUUGAGUUUUCUCACCGUUCAGGGAGAGAUUUAGUGAACAUGGCGAAGAAGAGGACCAACGUGAUUCCAAUUAUUGAAGAUGCCAGACAUCCGCAAAAGUACCGCAUGUUAGUUGGUAUGGUUGAUACUAUCUUUGCAGAUGUUGCACAACCAGAUCAAGCGAGAAUCGUCGCUUUAAAUGCCCAAUACUUUUUGAAACAAGGCGGUAACUUCAUCGUCAGUAUCAAAUCGAGUUGCAUCGAUUCCACGGCGGCGCCGGAAGCCGUGUUCGCCAGAGAAGUCAAAAAGUUGCAAGAAGAUGGAUUUAAACCGAAAGAACAGUUGACUUUGGAACCGUACGAAAGAGAUCACGCGAUUGUUGUUGGUGCCUACCGCGUUUCGAAGGACAAAAAGUAA